UGAUCAGUCUAAUGACCCCGCUACCUGUCAUGGUUCAGGUUCUGUUUAUCCAUACCGAACCGGUCUAUACACAUUAACUAGUUUAAUUCAUUUGCAGUUCCACCGCCUUGUUUGAUUGUCUCAUAGCCGAAGUCUAAUUUAAUUAGUGACGUCCCGUGACAUGAGGAGACACAUUGGUGGGUUGGCUUUCUUGAAGCCGGCCUCUCCCGGAUACCUCACCUUAAUAAAUAUCGCAGCAGGCCAAAUACAUCUGAGACUGCCAAGGAAAGACAGGGACAAAGAAAGAAAUCACUUUUCUUUCCAGUACGCACUGCGAGCCUGACUUACAUAAAUGGAGACGCAGGAAAACCCACUACAACAGGUCGAUCUCAGCGAGCCCUGUGAGGAUGCAGUGUCACCUAAAAUGGAUUUGGAGAGUGCAUUGAAAGAAUGCUCUAUCGCACUCGAGCUUUUUCUGAACAACAGGUUUGCCGAUGCUUUAGCUCUUUUAAAACCCUGGAAGAGUCAGAGCAUGUACCAUGCAAUGGGCUACAGCAGCAUGUUGGUGAUGCAGGCCGCCAUGACCUUUGAUCCAAAGGACAUGGACGCUGCCAUGACAUCUCUGAGAGAGUCCCUGGAGACAUGCCAAAGAUUUCGGAAGAAGACUGGAAUAAUGGAGACUUUAACCAACUUGUGGUCUAGACAGCCAGUUGAGAACCUGACAGAGGAAGAGAUGCAUGCAGAGCUGUGCUAUGCUGAAGUUCUCCUGCAGAAAGCUGCGCUUACGUUCCUGGAUGAGAGUAUAAUUGGCUUCAUCAAAGGAGGGAUGAGGAUCCGGAACAGUUAUCAGACCUACAAGGAUUGCCAGGCCUUGGCAAAUGUCACAAGAGACGUGGAGAAGCAGAGGAGCACACACAUCCAUUUUAGGGGCGGCGUCAGCAUGGGCAUUGGAUCAUUUAAUCUGAUGCUGUCUCUGCUCCCAUCCAGAGUCCUCAGACUGAUGGAGUUUUUGGGCUUCUCAGGAGACAGGGAACUGGGUUUGUCAGAACUGAGACAAGGAGCAGCCAGCAACAGCCUGCGCUCUAUCCUCAGCACCUUGACUCUGCUGAUGUUUCAUCUCUACAUCACAGUCAUUCUGGGCACUGGUGAAGGAAAUCUUACUGAGGCCGAAGCUCUCCUGGAGCCAUAUGCCAAUAAGUUCCCAAAUGGAGCCCUCAUUCUUUUCUACACUGCACGAAUUGCUUUGCUCAAAGGAAACUUCAAAUUUGCCCAGGAGAAGUUCCUGGCGUGCAUCGCGGCACAGCAGGAAUGGCGUCAGAUUCACCACCUGUGUUACUGGGAGCUGAUGUGGGCCUACUCCUUCGAACUAAAUUGGAGGGAGGCGUAUCGAUACGCUGACCUGCUCUGCAAGGAGAGCAAGUGGUCACAGGCCAUCUAUACAUUUCAGAAAGCUGCCAUUUUGAGCAUGCUACCAGAGGAAGAAGUGAUGGUGCUGGGAGAAAAUGUGGUGGAAUUAUUCAGGCAGGUGGACGGUCGCCGACUGAGGAUUGCUGGGAAGUCGAUCCCAACAGAGAAGUUUGCAGCAAAGAAGGCACAGCGAUAUUUGUCUUCUAACCCUGUGAAGCUGGUUGUCCCUGCUUUGGAAAUGAUGUACGUGUGGAACGGUUUCACGGUAGUUGGCAAAAGACCUGAGUUGACUGAAAUCAUCUUGACCGUAUUAGACAAAGCAGAGGAGCAGCUCAGAGAUGAAGCUAACCCGUCAGAGUAUCACCUGGAUGACCAGUGUGUUGUCCAGCUGCUGAAGGGUCUGUGUCUAAGACAUCUGGGGCGUCUGGUCCAGGCUGAGUUCUGCUUCAACCAUGUCAUUGCCAGUGAAAAUGAUAUCAAGUAUGACCACUACCUGGUGCCAUUUACCAUGUUUGAGCUGGGCCUGUUGCACAAGCAGAAAGGUGACAUCAGCACGGCCAUCGCUGUGAUAGAAAAUGCCAAGAUGAACUACAAAGACUACAGCAUGGAGUCAAGGCUACACUUCCGCAUCCAUGCAGCUCUCAACACUAUGGGCUCUUUCUUGGCCAAACUUCCUCCUUCACGUACGCCAGCCUGAAAGACCACAUGGGAGGAAGCUCAACCAAACAAAAGGCGUAAACCUGACAAAACCUCUCAACUCUGUUUUCUGCCCUCAACUCUGAUUUUGCUUGAUGACACAUGGGCAUCUUGUUGUCAGCUCUUUUAUUAUGGUACAGGUCCAAAUUGAGAAGUAUUUGGCUGGGAUUAACUCCCGAUGGCUGUGCUUAGGAACCUGUUUCUCAGUUAUCUGGAUAAAAGCUUGAGAUAAUAUUUUUACAUCUGUCCAUGUUGCCAAUAUUUGAGGGACCCAGAUAUUACUCAUUACAGAUUUCCAGAUUAUCAACCUUCUUCUUGGAGCAGGCCCCUGCAGGUUUGUUGUUGAAAAUGAAGCCAACACUAUGCUGAGUGACUUGUGGGACUGCAUGGCAACUAUAAAUAUUUUUCUUCAGUAUUAAAUUGCUGAUUAUGAUUAUGAGUACAAACUUGUUUAAUUUUUUUUUUCUUUACUAUUUAAUUUUAUCUUUACACCAUUCUGUGACCCUUUGGAGGGGAGUGAACCAAUGGACAGGACUGUGCAGCUUAAUAAUAAUAAUAAUACUGGUGUAUUAUUAUAUACAUAUAUAUAUAUAUGUAUAUAUUAUAAUACUUCUCACGAAUGGAUACACCAGUAUUAAUAAUUUAAUAAUGUAAUAUAUCAGUGUUGCCUUAGUCAGUAGGUGAUGGUACUCCAAUACCUCUGUACAUUUACUUAAGAUUUGGAAUGAGAUACUUGUUAUGGAAUAAAUUUACAUACAUUUUUGU